UAGUGAAGAGCUGUGAGGACGAGGAGCGGCUGAGACGGACAAAGGAGCGCGAGUAACGGGACCGGAGCUUCACUUGACUCCAGGAUGUGGGUGUGUGGGUGCUGCCUGUGCUGUGUCAAAUACCUCAUGUUCGUCUUCAACCUGGUCUUUUGGCUGGGGGGCUGCGGACUGUUCGGAGUGGGGCUCUGGCUAUCCUUCACCCAGGCCGAGUUCUCCUCUCUGCCCCUGUCCUUCCCCUCCCUCUCAGCCGCCAACCUGCUGCUGGUGGCGGGGGGUGUUACCAUGGUUCUGGGCUUCCUGGGCUGUCUGGGUGCACUUAAGGAGCAGCGGUGCCUACUCUUCAUGUUCUUCCUGAUCCUGCUGCUGCUGGUGCUGACCGAGGGUGUGUUCAUACUGGUCAUCCACAUGUACCAGGACCAGGUGGACGCCCGUGCCCAGGAUGAGUUGAAGGAGGGCAUGAGGAGGUACAAGACUGAACCCGAGCUAAGGAAGUCCUGGGACAACGUGCAGAUGAUGUUCAAAUGCUGUGGGGUUUCCAAUAAAACGGACUGGUGGGACAUUCUGGAGGGGACGCUGCCGGCCUCCUGCUGCUCUGUGGGCACUGACCCCUGUGUGGACGGAUGGGCUGAGCCCUGUUACCAGAAGGCACGGCAGUGGCUCCUGGACAACAUCCCCUCUGUCCUGGUGUUUGGCCUGUGCAUCGGAGUGGUGCAGAUCAUGGCUCUGGUCUUCUCCAUGCUCAUGUACUGUCAGAUCCGCUGUGCUGAGAAAAACCUGGACUAGCCCUGGAGUCAACCCUGAC